AUGGCAAUGUCUGCUACAAAUCAGCUUCUUCCGCUUGAACUAAUUGACAAAUGCAUUGGUUCUAAAAUUUGGGUUAUUAUGAAAAGUGAACGAGAAUUUACCGGAACGUUGUUGGGUUUUGACGACUACGUCAAUAUGGUGUUAGAGGAUGUAACAGAAUAUGAAAAUACGCCAGAAGGCCGCAAGACUACAAAACUUGACAAGAUCCUGUUGAACGGGAAUAACAUAACUAUGCUCAUUCCCGGUGGCGAAGGACCGGAAAAUUAG